UAUGUUUACCCGAUUUAUUGCUAUUUGGAGCAGGUGCACCGUGGCCGUGCCUAAUCUAGGAAAACAGAGGAGUUUUAGCAGAAACUGAACUGAAAAUCCAAUGGCUACGCUUCAAUUCACUCUUCCCUCCAUAACCGGAGGGAGGCACCGACGGGAAUCCCCGACCAUUCUUAGACCGGUUAGAUGCACAGCGGACCGUCAGGCGCUCUUUAACCGCAUUGCCCCUGUCUAUGAUAAUUUGAAUGAUUUGCUUAGUUUGGGGAGGCAUAGAGUAUGGAAGAGGAUGAGUGUUUCUUGGAGCGGAGCAAAAGAAGGAGAUACCGUGUUGGACGUGUGUUGUGGAAGUGGGGAUUUGGCUUUUCUGUUGUCUGAGAAAGUAGGAAUCAGUGGCAAGGUGAUUGCUCUUGAUUUCUCAAAGGAGCAGUUACAGAUUGCUGCAUCCCGCCAGCGCAAGCGGUCGAGGGCCUGCUACAAGAACAUUGAGUGGAUUGAGGGAGAUGCAGUUGAUUUACCAUUCUCUGACUCCUCUUUUGAUGCUGCAACCAUUGGUUAUGGGUUAAGAAAUGUGGUAGAUAGGAAAAAAGCUCUGGAGGAGAUGUGUCGAGUUUUAAAACCUGGUACAAAAGUAUCUGUUCUUGACUUCAACAAGAGCACGAACCCAUUAACCUCUUCAAUUCAGGAUUGGAUGAUUGACAACGUAGUGGUUCCUGUCGCCAGUGGGUAUGGACUUGCAAGUGAGUACCAGUACUUGAAGAACUCAAUCAAGGAAUAUCUGACAGGAUGCGAGCUGGAGAAGCUAGCGUUACAAGCAGGCUUUUCUGAGGCUAAACAUUAUGAGAUCAGUACAGGGUUCAUGGGGAAUUUGGUAGCCACCCGAUAGGGGAAUGUUGCUUGCCCUUGUCUGCCUCCACUCAAGGCAGGUUCAUUUCUAUGUUCUUCAACUUCUGAAAAGCUGUCUUUCUUUCCGUUUUUCCUUAACACACCCACCCCCCGGCCCCUGGUGGUAGACCUCAUUGCUAUGAUAGGAUUUAUUACAGCAGUCUGUCUCUACAGAAACAUUUUUUGUAUAGAUGUUGUUAAACUGUUAAACUGUACUAAUGGAAGUGAUACUUAAAUCAGCUGACAAAAUCACGCCCUUAUGUUGUAUGUCUGAGCAUAUAAUGUUGUGUACAUAUUCGUAUCAAUUACACACAUUAACAGGAUCCAUUCCAAACAAAAGCUCUUCACUCUUCAGUAGCCUGUACUUUAUUGGGAUCAUGGUUGUAGCCCUGUUUAGAUCUCCC